UUUAUUAUUAUUAUUAUUAUUAUUAUUAUUAUUAUUAUUAUUAUUAUUAUUUUUAUUUUAUUAUUAUUAUUAUUAUUAUUAUUAUUAAUAUUAUUAUUAUUAUUAUUAUUAUUAUUAUUGUUUAUUUUAUUAUUAUUAUUAUUAUUAUUUUAUUGUUAAAACACAAAAGUCUGCAGCUUCACUUCGACUGAUUUAAAUGAUUUAAUUUAAUUAUAAAUCGUCUCAUAAUGAGCUCAGAUCCACCAGACCAGAGAACCACAAAACCGUCUUUAGUCCAGAACCAGGAAGUUGGCAGGUCUGAGUUUGACCCUCAGUCCGUCCGUACUCUGGACCGUGGGUCAGGUCUCCGGGUCAGAGUUAAGGUAUCACAUGACUGAAUAAAUAUUCGGACCGCCAUCGGGGGUGAGAGAGGGGGAGGAGCCCAGCAUAUGAGUGAGAGAGAGGGGGGACACUCAGAGGGUCUGUGGACAGGAGGAGAGAGGAGGAGAUAGGAGGAGAUAGGAGGAGACAGGAGAGGACAGGAGAGGACAGGAGGAGACAUGAGCGUCUCCUCAGGGGUCCGGGUUCUCUGAGUUGGUCCGCUCUCAGUCGCUCUUCAGGUGAAAACAGCCACGCCCACCUGAGCAGGUGACACUGAACACCCAUGAAUGUGUGUGUGUGUGUGUGUGUGUGUGUGUGUGUGUGUGUGUGUGUGUGUGUGUCUUCAUCCUCCAUGACCUCAUCGCCUCCCUGCAUGCUGUGGAUCACAUGGUCACCCUCCUCCACCACCAUCCAUCCAUCCCUGUGUUGUGAUUGGUUCAUCCUCAUGUGGCGUCCUGUCAUUGGUUGUUUGGCUGACCUCAGGACCACAGCGGCGCCCUGCAGGCCGAGGAGUUCAAAGCGUGUCUGAUCAGUCUGGGCUACGAUGUGGAGAACGACAAGCAGGUACUACAGGAGUCUGAGUUAGGGCGACCUCAGAGGGCGGAGACAAAUCACCGCCACCGCCGCCGCCGCUCUGAGGUCCAGUGUCAGUCCGUCAGCAUGGAGGGCAGAGAUGUUCCGUUCCUGUUUGUCCACCGGGGGUCUCUGUUGCUUUGUGCUGCUUCUGCUCCACCUGGCUCCCUCUCACUCUGACAGGCUCCGCCCCCUCGUCUGUGGCGUUCUGUGGCGUUCUCGUUCACUUUGCUCUGAUGUUAAUCUGCGUUUCUCUUUUUUUCUUCAUCUGUCUGAUAUCUCUGUCUCUGUCCUUCACCUCCUUUUUACCUCCUCCUCCUGCUCCUCUCUGCCAUGUCUCCACCCUUCACCUCCUCCUCCCCCUCCUGCUCCGGCUCCUCCUCCCCCUCCUGCUCCUCCUCCUCUCUUCACCUCCUCCUCCCCCUCCUGCUCCUCCUCCUCUCUUCACCUCCUCCUGCUCCGGCUCUUCCUCCCCCUCCUGCUCUUCCUCCUCCUGCUCUUCCGCCUCCUGCUCCUCCUCCUCCUGCUCCUGCUCCUGCUCCUGCUCCUGGUCUUUGUGGUGGUCCACAGAAGCGAUCAGGACAGAUGGUCUCGGAUGAUUUCCGGGCUCUCCUCAUUUCGACAGGAAACAGUCUGGUACUGGUUCUGCUGCUGCUUCAUGAUCUGGUCUCAGGGGGUCUGCAGGUCCACAAGGGUCCGGGUGUUCAGGGUUCGACUCUAACUUUGUUCUCCUGAGUUAAAAAAGUAAGGAGCACAAAGAACUUUAGGGGAUCAAUGAAAACUGAUCAAUAAUGUUUGUCUUAUUGAUCGACCUUAGUACUAUUAUUAGAAAUCAAUUUUAGGUCUUUUGGUCACAUGACAGUGAAGCUAUUGAAGGAAAACAGCGUUUUCUGAGAACAUCAACCGGUAAUUUAUUGACGGUCCCUUAUUCAACACCGACGUUGACAGUGAGGGUGUCGAGUAGAUUUAACCGCGCUGCUGUUGUUAUUCCUGGUUAUGGAGAGUGAGAAGACACCGGUAGAUCCUCAGAGAAUGUCCGUCAGAUAUCCAACCUGAAACUAACUUCACCGCCGUAUUUACAGGAAAAUAUAUCCAACCUAAAACUAACUUCACCGCCGUAUUUACAGGAAAAUAUAUCCAACCUGAAACUAACUUCACCGCUGUAUUUACAGGAAAAUAUAUCCAACCUGAAACUAACUUCACCGCCGUAUUUACAGGAAAAUAUAUCCAACCUAAAACUAACUUCACCGCCGUAUUUACAGGAAAAUAUAUCCAACCUGAAACUAACUUCACCGCCGUAUUUACAGGAAAAUAUAUCCAACCUGAAACUGACUUCACCGCCGUAUUUACAGGAAAAUAUAUCCAACCUAAAACUAACUUCACCGCCGUAUUUACAGGAAAAUAUAUCCAACCUAAAACUAACUUCACCGCCGUAUUUACAGGAAAAUAUAUCCAACCUAAAACUAACUUCACCGCCGUAUUUACAGGAAAAUAUAUCCAACCUGAAACUAACUUCACCGCCGUAUUUACAGGAAAAUAUAUCCAACCUGAAACUAACUUCACCGCCUAUUUACAGGAAAAUAUAUCCAACCUGAAACUAACUUCACCGCGGUAUUUACAGGAAAAUAUAUCCAACCUGAAACUAACUUCACCGCCGUAUUUACAGGAAAAUAUAUCCAACCUGAAACUAACUUCACCGCCGUAUUUACAUGAGAAAAAAAACAUUUGUUGAUUUUUUUAUCGGCACAUUUGACCCUUAAUACAGUCAAAAUUCACACACGUCUAUUUUUAGUCGAACUGUUGAGACCUGAAGUGUCAGAAAAUCUGGACUUCUGUCAAACAGCUGUCAGAACUAAGGACCGGGUCAGAACCAUCGGGUGUAAAAACUGAAAUAAGUCCAACAGAACCAAACUGAAGAAUGACACGGGCCUUCAGAACUGAACCCUGACAGACCUGCAGACCUCCUGCUCUCUCUCGCCCUCACUCUCUCUGUAAUGCUUUCCUCUCUCUCUUUAACCCCCCCACUGCUGGUCUGUCUGUCUGUCUGUCUGUCCGUCUGUCUGUCUGUGUUUGUGUGUCUGUGUGUUUGCAUGUGUUUAGGAGUGACCUUUAACCUCUUCACCUGCUCCGCCUUCUUCCUGGUAGCCCUGAUGGUUUCAUCACUGAUACUGUCUGUAACUGUGUCUGUAACUGUGUCUGUCUGUGUUAGUGCUGGGCGAUUAAAUGAUUGAAAAUUAAUUUCCCUCGAUAUCGAUAUAAAACAUGAUCAAUACGGUUUUUCAAUAUUCGUCAUUAGUUUAGUCCAGUUUAGUGGAUUUAUGUGGUUCUGCUGAUUAAACAACAGUCAGUCCAGAUCACAGCGAACAGAACAUGAAGAUGGAGGAACAUGAGAGAGCGUCAGUCAUCUUCACCGUAAACAUGAACAUAUAUGAUAGAACUCUGAAUAUUAAGGACUGUAAUCAGCAAUCAAUCAUUUUACAGGUGAGAGGAAGUUUACCAACGAUCCUCAAACGAUCCUCUGCUGCAGGAGGAGGAGAACUAAACUAACACACACACACAGGUGCGGUGCGUUCAUGAGUGUAGGACAAAUGAAAACUCACCGUUAAACACAAAAUAACUGAACAGCAUUUACUUGAACCAAGUAUCAACCAACUGCAGCAAAGUCGUAGCAGACAGCAGCUCCACCCAACCAUAGCACUUUAACAGGUGAAGCCGACAGCACUGUUGGUGAGAAACAAAGAAAAUGAGUGCUACCCCCGACAGAAAUGACCAUGAAGGCUCAACAGAUGACCACAUCAAUGUCAACCACAACACUGGCGUUAGGAAAACGUCGGUGGUGUGGAGGUAUUUUGGUUUUUGGAGGUCGGACAUGAAGCAGAGUAAUGUGGACUGUAAAUUAUGUCGAGUACAUGUUCUCACAAAGUCGGGGAAUACCUCAAAUCUUUUUCACCACCUGAAGCAGCGCCACGCCGCAGAGCACGCGCAACGCAAAAGGUUACAAACCCCGAGAGGAGCGAGGAGCCCGUGGCGCCUGAAACAGACGACCAUUCAGUCGUCUUUCUCUAGAGCGACGCCUUACGACAAAACGCCAAAGAGACACAAAGACCUCACAGAUGCAGGAGAUUAUUGUGUUGGAAAAGACAUGAGACCAAGAAACACUGUUACAGUUUUAUAUCCUGAUAUUGAUCCAUAUCAGCUGAUAGGAAAUCAAUAAUAUAUCCUGAUCAACUUCAUAUCGCCCAGCUCUACUCUGUCCGUCUGUCCGUCUGAUUGUCUGUGGUCGCCGUCUCUCGGGUUAACCUGUUGUUCUUUGGUUGCCAGGGCGACACUGAGUUUGCUCGCAUCAUGGGCAUCGUGGACCCUAACGGCAGCGGCGCCGUGACCUUCCAGGCGUUCAUCGACUUCAUGUCGAGGGAAACGACCGACACGGACACCGCAGACCAGGUCAUCGCCUCCUUCAAGAUCCUGGCCGCGGAUAAGGUCAGUGUGUGUGUGUGUGUGUUUGUGUGUGUGUCUCUGUGUGUGUGUGUGUGUGUGUGUGUGUGUGUGUGUGUGUGUGUGUCUGUGUGUGUGUGUGUGUGUGUGUGUGUGUGUGUGUGUGUGUGUGUGUGUGUGUGUCUGUGUGUGUGUGUGUGUGUCUGUGUGUGUGUGUGUGUGUGUGUGUGUGUGUGUGUGUGUGUGUGUGUGUGUGUGUGUGUGUGUGUGUGUGUGUGUGUGUGUGUCUGUGUGUGUGUGUGUGUGUGUCUGUGUGUGUGUGUCUGUGUGUGUGUGUGUGUGUCUGUGUGUGUGUGUCUGUGUGUGUGUGUGUGUGUGUGUGUGUGUGUGUGUGUGUGUGUGUGUGUGUGUGUGUGUGUGUGUGUGUGUGUGUGUGUGUGUGUGUGUGUGUGUGUGUGUGUGUGUGUGUGUGUGUGUGUCUGUGUGUGUGUGUGUGUGUGUGUGUGUGUGUGUGUGUGUGUGUGUGUGUGUGUGUGUGUGUCUGUGUGUCUGUGUGUGUGUGUGUUUGUGUGUGUGUCUGUGUGUGUGUGUGUGUGUGUGUGUGUGUGUGUGUGUGUGUGUGUGUGUGUGUGUGUGUGUGUGUGUGUGUGUGUGUGUGUGUGUGUGUGUGUCUGUGUGUGUGUGUGUGUGUGUGUGUGUGUGUGUGUGUGUGUGUGUGUGUGUGUGUGUGUGUGUGUCUGUGUGUGUGUGUGUGUGUGUGUGUGUGUGUGUGUGUGUGUGUGUGUGUGUGUGUCUGUGUGUGUGUGUCUGUGUGUCUGUGUGUGUGUGUGUUUGUGUGUGUGUCUGUGUGUUGUGUGUGUGUGUGUGUGUCUCUGUGUGUGUGUCUCUGUGUGUCUGUGUGUGUCUGUGUGUGUCUGUGUACUCACCGCUCUUCUUCUUCUUCUUCUCUCUCCAUCAGAACUUCAUCACGGCGGAGGAGUUGAGGAGGGAGCUCCCUCCUGACCAGGCGGAGUACUGCAUCGCCCGCAUGGCGCCGUACACCGGGCCUGACGCGGUCUCCGGCGCCCUGGACUACAUGUCCUUCUCCACCGCCCUGUACGGGGAGAGUGACCUGUAGAGGAGGAAGAGGAAGAGGAAGAGGAGGGCUGGACAGACGGGGUGGGGGGGUGGGGGUGGGAGGAGACUCUGGGAUGAUUGACGGUUUGGAGAGUUGGCGUGGUUCUGAGGUUCUGAGGUUCCCCUGUGUGGUUUGGAGAUCCUCCUCAGACCGGUGCGGACUCUGAGUUCUGGAUCGGACUGGAGUUUGGGGUUUUUUUCAGCUGUUGUAAGGAAUGGAAGGGGUCAAAGGUCAAUGAGUCAGCGAGCGUCUUCAGGGGCGGCGGCGGGACGAGGGGAUGAUGGACGUCUGUCGAGCGAGUCCUUAGCUUCACCCGGUCUGCCUUCAGGGGGUCAAACGGGGACGGACUGGGGUUAAAGCAGGGAGGGGGGCGGGGCACAAGCUAAUCCAUACUUAUGCUAAUUUUUGUUUAUUAUGAUUUUUUUCUUCUUGCCAGGCGGGGUCAAAGGGCGUGCAGUGGGGGCGGGGCAGUGGGGGCGGGGCAGUGUGGGGUUUGACGUGGCGACUGGCGAGGUUUGUGUAUUAGAAUCUAGAGAGAUUUAUGCUGCGGGGUCAGGGGUCAGGGGCGGGGAUGACGGGAGGGAGGGAGGGGUGUUGACCAAUGAGAGAUAAAGUGACAUAUUUACCCAUAAUUCCCUUGUUGCUGGAUAAGGUGACCUGUCUAACCUCAGCUCUUUUCCUCCUCCUGUCUUUGUUUAUUUCUUUGGUUUUGUUUCCGGAGCAGGUGGGCGUGGGCGGGGCUGGGUGGCGGGUUGUGGGCGGGGCUGGGUGGUGGUGUGGGCGGGGCUCAGCGCUGUACAUACUUGUUUUUUUCAGUGCAGAGAUUGACACACGGUGACGGCGGUGUUAGAAAUGAUGCGCUCAGAUCGAGCGAAGACGAGCGGAUGAGAGCGACCUUCGCAGUUUCUACAGCCGAUAGGUUUGAGCGUCCAUCUUUGUUUGUUUUUCCCUUUUUUUUGAAAAAGAAAAAAAAAAGUUUGAUGAUUAAAAAAGUUUCUGACCAUCCAGUCAAAGUUUCUCCAUCACAGCGAUCUUUACCUCCGUCAAACGUUCCCUCCUGCGCGGUUCGGCAUCAGCUGCUCUUUAAACUAGAGAAGAAGAAGAAGAGGAAGAAUAUUUAUGGUAGUUUAGACUGAAAUCAUCCGAUUUAUCCGGUUUUAGACUCGGGAAGCUGCACACGCUCUUAUUCUGAAAUACUCUCUGAAUGUUCUGAUUGGCUGGACGGAGGCUCGCUCACUUCCUGAUUUUAACGUGCCUGAUGGUUUCUACAGCCCUGUCCCUCUCUCUGCCUUCACCUUCUCCCUACCUCACUGUCCCACUCCUUCUCUCCCUCCUUCUCUCCCCCAUCCCUCCAUCUCUGAAGAAAAGGGAAAGAAAAUUCACUGAGUGAAGAGGGCGGGGGAAAUCAGGGCGGGGGUCUGUAUGUAAACAUUCCAUUAUGUGCAAAUAAAAAGGAAAAUUGUUCUGUAAAAACUAUGCAAUCAUCACGUGUUCCACAUCUGAGUUCCUGGGCGUCAAUCUGAGGACAUCUCCCGUCUCCAAAAACCAGAGGAUAUCUGCAGUGUUUGUCAGCGGUUAGGGGUGAGGAGGGGGAGACAGACAGAGGGAGGAACAGACGGGGAAGGAACUGAGAAGAAAAGACUCGGACCAAAAGCUUGUUUCUUUUUUUUUUUCUUCGUUCUCUUUUUUUCCUGCGAGGUUGGAGAACUCUGGAAUUGUGAUUUUCCUUUUUUUGUACUCUUUAAUAUCAAACCUUAUCUGCUGUACUGGAAACUGCAACGCCUUCUGUCUCUAAUGAUAAGUGAGUUUCACAGAGCACACAUAAAGUUUCCUUACAAAAUA